AUGGAUAUAGACGUCGACUUGGAGUGUCUUGGCAUACUGGAACAGCGGAUGUUCGAGCUCUCGUUGGCUGCAGGAGCUGCAGGAAAUGAACAAUGGGGCAAAGAUGCUGGAGCACACCAAGAGCGAUGGAAUCCCUAUGAGGGCCUCCCUGAGCACUGGAAUCAUGGCGACCGAGAUUCAUACGCACCAGAAUUUGAAGGAGAAGUAGACGUGCGUCAUCAUCACUUUUCAUCGCGGAUCAGUCUGAUAUGGUUCGACUGA